CCCACCACAUCCUCCUCCCGCCGCUUUAAUACCCCCUCCUCCCUUGCUCCCGCCACGCGUUGUUGGCGAGCGGAAGCUUGGCUGCUUGCAACCAGGAUGGGGAACCUGGUAUCGGCGGGCGUGGCGGUGGGCGCGGGCGGCGGCGGGAAGGUGGUGAUGGCGGACGGGAGCGUCCGGGCGCUCAGCGAGCCGGUGUCCGUGGCGGAGCUGAUGAUGGACCACCCGCGCCACUUCGUCGUCGACGCGCGCGACCUGCAGAAGCAGCAGCAGCAGCGGCAGCGGCGGCGCGGGGGGAGGGGCGCUCCGGCGAACGCGAAUGCGAGCAAGGUCGCGCCGCUGCCGGCCGACCGCGUGCUGGGCGCCGGCGGGGUGUACGUCCUCCUGCCGGCCACCCGCGGCAAGGUGUCGGCCGAGGAGGCGCGCCGCGCGCUGACGGCGUCCCGGUCGCUGGAGCGGUCACGGUCAAUGCCUGGCCGGCUGAGGAGGAAGCUGUCGUCCAAGAAGAGCAUGGAGGUCGACGGCGACGGCGACGCCGAUGUGUCCGAUAAUCGCGCGGCGGUGGCGGUGUCGGUGGCGGAGACGGGGAGGACAGAGGAAACGGCGGCGAGCCCGGACGGGUUCGAGGAGCACCGGCCGGAGUUCCUGAGCCGGGAGCUGUCGAGCAGGGGAUGGAAGCCGAGCUUGAUCACCAUUGAGGAGCGCGUCGCGCCCAAGAAGGUGUCCCAUUGGCUCUUCUAAUCUCGUCGCCGACGGCAGCGACAGGAGGCUUCUUAAUUUGACUUGUCAAUCUAAUCUCUCUCUCUCUCUCUCUUUUCUCUUUCUUCUUCUCCUUUGCUGGAUCAUCGUCAAUUGUCAAUCUAAUCCGUCAAAUGCAUGCACCGAUGUGCGCAUAAUGGCAUGUUGUAAUGAGAUAGCACAAAUGAAAUAUGCCCUGUAAUUACAGUAGUUAGGUGUUUGGAGUCUUCGUCUGUAAACAGCUCGAAUUGAACCGGAUGAAACUAUCUGUGUGUGAGUUGACACUUCCAAAUUCUCAUUUCUCAUUUUUAUUCUCUAACAGUCGAAUAUGUUAUACUACU